AUGAAAGCAGCUAAAAAAGCAGAUGGGAAAUCAGCUGAAGGACAUUGUCCUGAAGGAAACAGGUACAAAUGUUUAAGAGAACAAGUGUCUUUCAAAGAUGUAUGUGUGCAGUUCACUCAGGAAGAGUGGUAUCUUCUGGAUCCUGGUCAGAAGUUACUCUACAGGGAUGUGAUCCUGGAAAAUUACAGCCACCUUGUUUCAUUAGGUUAUUCCAUUGCUAAGCCAGAAUUAAUCUUCAAGAUAGAACAAGGAGAAGAGCCCUGGAUAUUAGAGGAAGGAUUCCCAUACCAGUGCCACUCAGAAGAUUGGAAAGCUGAUGACAUGAUAGAGAACAGCCAGAAAAAUCAAGAUGAGAAUUUUUGGCAACUUCCUUUUACCACAAGCAAAACAAUUAAUGUAGAUAACCGUGAUAAAGUAAAGAAAACUUUCAGUCUGAGUAAAGACUAUAUUCAUUCAAGAAAUUUUUCAUACAAGAUAUGUGACUCAUGUGAAAUAAAUUUGAAAAAUAUUUCAGGAUUAGUUAUUAGUAGGAAAAACUAUUCCAGAAAGAAACCUGGUGAAUUUAAUGUGUAUGAGAAAUUGCUUCUUGAUAUUAAGCAAGAGAAAACGACUGGAGGGAAAUAUUAUAAAUAUAGUCCAAAAAGGAAUUUUCUUAGUCAUAGCCAAGAUCUUAUACAGCCCAUUUUUGACCAGUCUUUUGAGUAUAAUGGAAAUAGACAAGACUUCCAUGACGAGACAGCCUUUUUCACAAAAGGAGAGAUACCUUGUAAAUAUAAUGAGUGUGGAAGACCCUUCAUCCAAAGUUUAAAACUGAAUUUAUCUCAGAGAACCAAUAUAGAAUUGGAGCCAUAUGAGUGCAGCAUUUGUGGGAAAUCCUUGUAUUUGAAUUUAAGAUUAGGACAUCAUAGAGUUUUUACAGGGGAUAAUCCUUAUGAAUAUAAUGAAUAUGGGCAAAUGUUUUGUGACAGUUCAACUUUUGUCAUUCGUCAGGGAACUUACACAAGAAAAAAUCCUCGUGAUUAUAAAGUAAGUCACAAGACAUGGGAAAAGUCAGCGCUCUUUAAACAUGAAAUAGAACACAUGGGGGGAAAACCUUAUGAAUAUAAUGAAAGUGGAAAUACGUUCAACAAGAAAUCACAUCUCACCCAACUUCGGAGAGUUCAUUCAGGUGAAAAAACGUUUGAGUGUGGUGAAUGUGGGAAAACCUUCUGGGAGAAGUCAAACCUCACUCAACAUCAGAGAACACACACAGGUGAGAAACCCUAUGAAUGUUCUGAAUGUGGAAAAUCCUUUUGUCAGAAACCACACCUUACCAACCAUCAGCGAACACAUACAGGAGAAAAACCUUAUGAAUGUAAACAGUGUGGUAAAACAUUCUGUGUGAAAUCAAACCUCACUGAACAUCAGAGAACACACACAGGGGAGAAGCCUUAUGAAUGCAAGGCAUGUGGAAAAUCCUUCUGUCACAGGUCAGCCUUAACUGUACAUCAGAGAACACAUACAGGAGAAAAACCUUUUAUUUGUAAUGAAUGUGGAAAGUCAUUCUGUGUGAAAUCGAACCUUAUCGUACAUCAAAGAACUCACACUGGGGAGAAACCAUACAAAUGCAAUGAAUGUGGGAAAACCUUUUGUGAGAAAUCAGCUCUUACUAAACAUCAGAGAACUCACACAGGGGAGAAACCCUAUGAGUGUAAUGGAUGUGGGAAAACCUUUAGUCAGAGGUCAGUACUCACUAAACAUCAGAGAAUCCAUACAAGAGUGAAAGUUAUUUCAACAUCCUGAAUGCUGAGAAGCCUUCAUCUUUCAUAUUACUCAGUUUUUAAAAUAAGGUGAAUGAAAUGCGAAGAAUUCCACGAUUGGCUA